AAUGUACAAUGCAUGUCUUCUUUUUUUAGGGAAAACUGCUCCUAAUUUUCUCCUUGGGACAAAAGAGUUGUAAAAUUCACUAUGGGGAAAACUGAAAGUAAGUCUGUGCUGACGAAGUCCUUAUCAGAUGGAGUACAAUCGCUGCAUACUCCAGCAGCUGCUAUUGAGAGACUUACCAAAUUCAGCGUGAUGGACGUGAAAUGGACUCAUUUGGGCCUAAUCUUCUUUGCAAUGUUGUCUAUCAUUAUGACAGGCUGCUUCCUCUGGCAGUAUCAUUUGCCCAAACUAUUACCUGAGGAAGAUUUGGACAAAACUCUUCUAGGUGAGAAGCUGUGUCCCCGAAACCCCAAGCCCACUCCGCUGGAGCACCCAAUCCCCUAUCUAAAGGCAGCCCUGGAGAAAGUUGAUGCGAUUCUCCGACAUAGCAUCAAUCCCAUCAGCCUUCCUGCAAUAUCUGCCAUUAUCAUUUACAAUGACACUGUAUUAUGGACAGGAAACUUUGGAAAGAGGAAUAGCAGUGAUCCUAAAUCAGCACCGCCUAAUGAGUAUACAAUCUACAGGAUUGCUAGUAUAUCCAAGAUCUUUCCCACUCUGAUGCUUUACCGGCUUUGGGAGGACGGUAAAGUGGGCUCAUUAGAUGAUCCACUGGAAAGGUAUGUGGAGAACUUCACCAUCAAAAACCCCCUGGGGAGAAGCAAAAAUUCAGAGCUGAAAUAUGUGGCGGAUGGUCUGAUCUUCCUGGAUAGCGGUGAGGUUCAGAUUCGUUCUUCCUCAGUCACCCUCCGUCGAAUGGCCAGUCAACUCUCUGGUUUACCAAGAAGACUUCGUUCCACUAACCUGCUAUGGAAGGGCAAAACUCAAGCUGCGAUCAGUCUUCUAAAGGAUGAUGUGCUGGUUGCAGAUCCAGGAACCAAAUGUCACUACAGCAACUUGGCUUUUUCCUUGUUGGCACAUGUCUUGGCUGAGAGAGUGGUGGGUUUAAACUAUCAGCGCUGGAUUACGGAUAAUAUCCUUGACCGCUUGGGAAUGGAGGACACAGGUUUUGAAAUCACACCCAGCGUUCAAAGUCACAUGGCCAUUGGUGUCUAUACCAAUGGCCAACCUGCACCACUUUAUGACCUAGGCUGGUAUCGCCCAUCAGGGCAGAUGUUCUCUACAGCUGCUGAUUUGGCGAAACUAGCCAUGAUGUUUCUUGGAGCUUAUCAUCGCAAGCUGCUUGAGCCAGACACUGUAAAGAUAAUGCUUACUCCCUUGUUCCACUGUGACAAAGAUUACUUUGCCAACCGCACUGGAACUCCAUGGGAGGUGAAUGAACAGCUUGGUUAUGAGUUGCUUCGCAAAGAUGGCGACCUGGAUGGGUACUCUGCCACGUUUUCCCUAAUACCCCGACUCAAGAUCAGCAUGAUUAUUUUGAUGGCAGGCACAAGGCCUAAAAACCAAGAUGUUAUAUCCAAGGUGUAUUCAUAUAUAAUUCCUGCCAUGGAGAGAGCUUUUAGAGAUGCCAAGCGGGUCCUUGUUCCGCCCCCCAAUCCUACUCCAUACAUGGGGUUCUACACAUACAGAAACAUGACUUUUUAUGAGAUCAAAGCUGGACCAGAAGGAGUCCUCAUCAUGCAACAAUUCGGGCCUCAGAUUGAGAGCUUGAUUCCUGAGAGAUACAGAACAAUAAAGUUGUCUUACCUUAUAGAUCGAGUUUUUAGGGUUGUGUUUGAAAAUCAGUAUCCCUGCAUUCUACGUAUGGGUUCUGCCUCUGUGUCAUUGGAAGCCCAGGAUGGACAGCUCUUCAAUUUCUACAUGUUUGACAAAGUAGGCUUAUCCCCUGGUUUUGAUGCACCAGGUCUAAACACUUACAACGUGAUCCGAAUCAGCCACAAACCCAUAUUUUCAAAGUGAGAUCUAAUAUUCAAAAAACUGGAGACUGUGCAGUAUUACAUGAUUUGCAUAAAUGUCCUGCAUA